CACGAUUCUUCCACCCACUUUUGAAUCAAAACAACAAAAUCACCAACUCGUGUAUCGUUUUUAUUCUACCGGCUUAUCAAAGGUUUAUAACCAUGGCUACCGAUUUCCUUUACAAAUUAACAUUAGUUUACUAACGAUAAACAAGUGCCACCUUUAAAGAAGUGAUUUCUGUGAAUUCUACUAUUCCCCAAAAAUAAAUUUACAAGAUGAGUGAAGAAUUGAAAACUUUGGUGGAAACAUUUUGCGCCAACGUGCAAAGCACCGAACGAAUGGUACGACAACGUGCUCUGAAAGAUUUCCUGGACUUUACCCGUGGAGAUAAACUGUCCUCAAUGGAAGCACCGGAAGUGUUCGACGGAACUUACCUACAUGUGCUGCGUUGCUAUGCCGACCGGUUUGAGAUGAUACGUAGCUUGGCCAUUUCCGUCGUUAACGAAAUGUUGGCCAAACUUCCGGCCAAUGAUUACUACCUGGGCUAUAUCAUUCCAGUUAUAACUAAACGUAUCGGCCAACGAGAGAUAAUAGAAGAUAGUGAAGAAGUGCGGCUUCUGUUGCUGGAACAGCUGGAACUAAUAAUCGAAAAAUACUCGGACCCAGACGGAAGCAGAGGAGAUCCAUUGCUCAAGUCCUAUGACGGUCUCAUCGACAUUCUCAUCAAAACUCUGAAAGAUCCUUUUCCAGCUGCUCAGAAACAAAGCUGCGAAAUAGUCAAACAAUUGGCCUCAGCUACCCCGAGUAUGCAUUACCGGGCCGAGGCCCUCGUAAGCCCUACGGUCACCGUUUUAAAGCAUCGUCAUUCUGCUAACCGAAUCGCUGCCAUUGAAGCGUUGGGAGUAGUUUCGCUGCACAUUCGAUCCAACUCCGAUAGUGUUCUGAAAAUCAUUGUGGACAUUUCCCCGCUGCUGAUGGACAGUGUUCCAUUUGUGAGACGGGCAUGUGGCCGAGUCGGGUGCCUGAUGCUGAUGGAACUUCGGGAUCGUUAUUCGUACUUCCACCGAAUUAUGCCGUUGGUUUUGAAUUGCCUCACCGAUGACACGGCCGAAGUUCGUGACGACAUUCUGGAACGGUGGAAAAAGGCUGGAGAACUCUACUAUGUCGAAAAUGAAGCAGAGCUCUCGAAAGCCAAACUGGCAGAUUUGGUGCCCCCCAACUAUCCCGGGGAAUACGAACGUCCCACCUUACCUUGUAGGGCUAUCGUUCAGCGAAGUUUGAAGAUUGUUGAGCUAAUCCUGCACGAAAUGGAAGAAUGGAAGGAAGACAUACGGCUGCAUGCCACAAAGCUGCUGAAGCUCGUCGUCCUUCAUGCGGAAAAAAGUUUAUCCACCCUGUUCAUGCAGAUCAAUCCGGUGCUUGCGAAAACUUGUAUGGAUUCUGACAAAGACAUUUCAUCGGAAGCUUUGAAAGUUGCUCAUUUGUGUGGAAUUUUGCUAGAGUAUGAAACGUGGAGCAAGCAUGCCCUGGUUGAAUUCAGAAAAUUUCACUCGUUCGGACAUUUGAAAUGUAUCAACGCCAUGUACAAUUCAUCUGGAAUUGAGAAACUAAAGCACUUGAAGAAGAUUACAUCCUUUCUCACGGAUAGUGAGGUUUGCCACAAUUUGAAAGAACCCUACCAGCUUGAAUUAUUAUCUUUCUGCGAGCGUCUCAUCCCUGACUAUCAUCGCGUGUUCCAUGCUAAAGAAAUCGAGGGGCUCGCCAACGAAUCGGACCAGUUGGCGGUGGAACGGAUGCUUUACACCGUUGUCCUUAAGGUGGCUGCAUUUAGUUAUGAGGAUGCUUUGGCCGUUCGUGACCGAGCCCUGCAGGUUCUAGCGCUGUUAGAUUCCCGGCUGGAUGCACUCCACGAACGCCAUAUGGCUUCGGUUAUUAUCUCUCUGGAGAAUUUGGAAACUAUAAAUUCCGAUUCAUCCGAUAGCAUCCGGCUGCUGGCGGGUAUCGUAUCCGUGUGUGGUUUUCGCUUACCAUAUCAUACGGUGCUGAAAAAAUCACUGGAGAUUGCACUGAAGCACGCCAGCCCACCGGGAAAAAUCAAACUCUUCAGCUCGAUUUCUAUCGCUCUACUCCAGUGGAAGGAUACCAUGCAGGCUUCGGAUGAGAAGCAUUCAGAGCUUGUAAAGAAUUUUAUUGAAGAGACUAUCGCUCCUUAUUUGGUUUGGGCAGCCGGUCGAAGUUCGGAAUCCAUUCGCUCGAUGGCAACGGCUUGUUUGUGUGCAAUGUCGCAAGGAGUAGAGAAUAGCAUUUUCGCUCCCAUUGUGGUAGGACAAUUGAAAACACUGGGCAGCCUGUCGGAAGAUAACAGCAUCGCGGCACGUGCCUACUCGUUAAGAACCCUGCUGGCGAUUGGUCCCCUUCCAUUCGAUGAUCUCCGACCGAUUGCGUUCGCCAUAUUGGCCCGGCUAGAUGACCCAAGCAGCGAGGUGCGGGAACUGGGAGCCACCUGUUUGGGCCGACUUCAGCUGCAAUUGCCGGUCGGAAAGGGCGAGUCCACAGACGAGGCGGCCAGAUGGGAGGAAACGCUCCGACAGAUUGUGCCGAUCAUGUUUUUACAUCUGGAAAAUCCGGAGCUGAAAAUACGGAAAGCCGUUCUAGAAUCCCUCGGUCAGCUUGCCGUUCAUCAUCGCCCAUUAAUCAAAGGUUUGGCUAAUGAAGUUGCUACCGGGUGUCCGUACAAGGAGGAUCUGGAUAAUCUGUUCAUUCCGGCAGCAGAACCGGAGGCCGUCGUCGUCCCAGCCGAGCCUUUAAUUCAAGCCUAGACAUUCCGGCGCCUGUUCGGCAAAUCCCACACCGGUGAUAAGCAGCAGCGUUGCAAAAAAGAGCCAACAUGAGUGGAAUAUAAAGUGCCUAGCCACUACCUAGCAUCGCGCCGACCAUCGAGCGGAUACGAGAAACAACCAUCAGGAUAAUUGAUUCAAAUUCUAUUUCGCUAAGUGAGAUGGCUUUGUGGUGCUGAAGGCGUUUUUUCAUAGUUUUUUAUUUGCUUGUACAAGUUGAUAGGCGUAGAAUCGAGGAAGGAAGGUUGCGAAGAAGAACAAAAAAAAUUCAAGAAAUCUAUCGUAAAGCUUCAAAGAAGAGACAACGUUAGAUGGAUUCAUGCUUUCCUGAUUAUUUUUUACCGAACUUCCGGAAUCCAUCAUCCGCCCUCUUCGUUCAUCAAGUACGAACUCAAGCAACGUUGCAUUGGGGAGCUUCAAUAGAUCUUUUCGUUUGUAAUUGCAAUUAUGUUUUUCCCCAUUUUUUAUCGUUCCAUCUCAAACGUAGGUAGAAGCAUAGUUUAAACCAAUGAAAUGGGAACCACUUUUAACUUCCUUUACUUUCCGACAACUAGUAAUGCAUCAAUAAAUAAAAUUUAUUAUUGGCUCAUCUUCAAUUUAUCCAUCUGGGCGAAAAGCUUUUUUCUCUCUUGUCCCAUGACAGGUUGCCUUUUUAUAUCCGCGCCGUCUUCCCCAGCCCGCUGGCCAGCGACCCUUCCGGCCGAAACCGCGUUUCGUUCGAUUGAUUUUCCCUUGAUCAAUCAAAUUUCACAGAAGAAAGGAGAUUGCGGAAAGUUCGAUUGAAUGCUUUUUUCUCCGUUCUCCGGUAUCUAUCGCCAGGAUGGCGCAUCUGCCGCAUGUUUCCAGCAUCCGGGUUGUAGACUGUAGUCGUAACUGAAUUGCUAGCGCCAAGCGCUGAUGGUUGUCGUAUAAUUCCAUAUAGCCUUUGUGAUUUGAGCAGGCGGACCCGAGUGAAUGUUUCAUAAUUUUUUCCUUGCUUCUCUGCGUUCUUUUAUUUCUUUUUAUUAUUUCUUUUAGAUUGUUCCACCCACCCCUCCGACUCUAUCGGCACUCUAUUUCCGACAAUGUAUCGAUAUGGAAAAGCCAAAAAGCUUUUAUCAGAAAAUUUUUCGCCCUUAGUCAUCUGAUGUUUCCUGGAUGGGUAUUUUUUUCCUCAGUUAAUUUUUGUGUCGCUCUAUCGCAAUGGUUUCAUUUUCCAUGGCCGGCAAAUCCA